AUUCAAUGACACAGAAUCAGCAGCAUGCAUGUCAUGACUGUUGGGUCUGUUGGAUUUCUAUUACUCUACUACACCUGCUAGUAAAUUAUUUGCCAUGUAGAAAUAUAAUUUCUACCAAAAACAGUGAUUUAUCAGGUUAGUGAUGUCUGACUGCUAUUAUUUUGAACCAGGGGCGGACUGACCAUUUGGAAACUCGGGCACUGCCCGAGGGCCCGAGGUCAGUAGUGGGACCCAUGAGAUGCCCCUGGUACCUUUUUCAUAGGCUUUUUUGAGUUUUGGCAAGGACACAGGGGCCCCAUGAUCCCCUUUUACCCAGGGGCCCCAU